CAUUUAUCAUUCACACGAGUUUGCAUCUUAACAAACAAAUCUGACUAUUUGUUUAUAAAAAAAUGAUGUGUGGAUCAGACACCUGCUUUUGAAACAGCUUCUACUUCUCAUUUACUAUCUGGUAAAGGCAUCAUACGUCAAAAAGAUGUAGGCUUGGUUAGACAAAGUGGUGUGUGGUGUUUUAUUUGUGAUUGUCAAAAGGGGUGCACUCAUUAAACUUCUGAUGAGUUUUUUAUUUACAUAGCAGGUGGACAUGACGUCACAUGGGGUCGCAGUGCUCCAAAAAACAACAAUAUCCAACUCCGCGUAAGUGCUUCCCCGGGGUCUGCAUUAUAAUAAGCUAGUCCCAAAUACUUCGCGGAAUACAUCUUGAUGUAUUGAAUCGUAAUGCAAAAACAAGCUACUUCUUGGCAUUGCGCGUCAUGCGAGAGCAUUCUAGCAGGACGGAGUGUACUGCUGUUUCUGUUGCGUGAGUAAUAACAGCAGCACACUGACUGAAGACAGCAGCACGGCUACGCGGGCAUCUCCGAGCGGAGGAAUAUCGCAGCUUUUAUUUACUCAGCGCCUUGUUGUUCAUUUUUCUACUUUAUGAUUAACUCGUACCUCCACGUGUGAAGCCUUCACAACUGCGCAACUCAGCAUAGACUUGUUUUCUUCUUGCCCGCGUUGUUGACGGAGGCAGUAAGCUACUAGUCUGUUUUUGAUCCUCCUCACCUCUGGCCUCCUUGUGUUUCUUGUGACGGACACUACUGGCAAGUUUCUCCCCCAAGGGAUGAAAUAUGGAAUGGCAGUUGCCAUAACGGAAGUCAGAACAAGUGUACUCUGAAGUCCAGUAAAAGUGGUUUGUAAAUCAUGAUGCAAGAGACGGCCACAGAGACAAUAAGCAACAGUUCACUGAGUCAAAAUGGAUUGAGCAACCUAAGCAACCAAUUAGAUGCUGGCGUGCGCGACGGCAGACCGAGCACUGACACAAGCGGCGAUGUAAGCACAGUCGAGCUGCUGCAUCUCCAACAACAGCAGGCCCUACAAGCAGCAAGGCAAUUACUCCUACAGCAGUCAGGCAGCGGCCUGAAGUCUCCAAAGAACAACGACAAACAGCGUCCACUGCAGGUGCCAGUGUCUGUGGCCAUGAUGAGUCCACAGGUGAUGACCCCCCAGCAGAUGCAGCAGAUUCUCCAGCAGCAGGUCCUCUCCCCACAGCAGCUCCAAGCCCUCCUGCAGCAGCAGCAAGCUGUCAUGCUGCAGCAGCAACAUCUGCAGGAGUUUUAUAAGAAGCAACAGGAGCAGCUUCACCUCCAGCUCCUGCAGCAGCAGCACCCGGGCAAGCAGUCAAAAGAGCAGCAGCAGCAGCAGCAGCAACAGCAGCAGCUGGCGGCUCAGCAGCUCGUGUUCCAGCAGCAGCUCCUCCAGAUGCAGCAGCUCCAGCAGCAGCAGCACCUGCUCAACAUGCAGCGGCAGGGCCUCCUCACGCUGCCCCCCGGCCAGGCCGCCCUCCCCGGGCAGACCCUGCCACCACAAGCAGGCCUCAGCCCAGCUGAACUGCAGCAGCUGUGGAAAGACGUGACCACGGCACACGCAAUGGAGCAAGACAACGGGCUGAAGCACAACAGAGAGCAGAACAGCAGCGGUGGGGGAAACGUGGGACGCGGCGGAGAUGGUGGCGGCCUGGACCUCACCACCUCGAACUCCACCUCCACUACCUCCUCCACCACCUCCAAAACAUCGCCGCCCAUCUCUCACCACAGCAUCGCCAACGGCCAGUCCCCGGCCCUCAGCUCUCGGAGAGAGAGAGAAUCCUUGCAUGAGGAGACAGGAGCUGCUCACUGUCUUUAUGGUCAUGGAGUGUGCAAGUGGCCCGGGUGUGAAAGCGUCUGCGAAGACUUUGGACAGUUCUUGAAGCACCUUAACAGUGAGCACGCUCUCGACGACAGAAGCACAGCACAGUGUCGAGUCCAGAUGCAGGUUGUUCAACAACUAGAAAUACAGCUUUCUAAAGAACGUGAGCGUCUUCAGGCGAUGAUGGCCCACUUACACAUGCGACCCUCUGAGCCAAAGCCGUCUCCCAAACCUCUGAAUCUGGUGUCAAGCGUCACCAUGUCUAAGAACCUGCCGUCAGUGUCCCCGCCCACCCUACCUCAGACGCCCACCACGCCCACGGCCCCCAUCACGUCGCUCUCCCAGAUGCCCCAGGUGCCGUCCAUGCUCAGCGCCGCCAACGUGCCCAGCAUGGGCGCCAUGCGCCGACGCCACUCUGAAAAGUUCUCCAUGCAACUGACAGGUGGUGACAAAAUAUUUACUUUUCCAGAGAUCGCCCCAAACUAUGAGUUUUAUAAGAAUGCCGACGUGAGGCCGCCCUUCACGUACGCAACCCUUAUUAGACAGUCGAUCAUGGACUCCAAUGACAUGCAGCUCACUCUUAACGAGAUUUACAGCUGGUUCACGACCACCUUUGCCUACUUCCGCCGCAACGCCGCCACCUGGAAGAACGCUGUGCGUCACAACCUCAGCCUACACAAGUGUUUUGUGCGCGUGGAGAACGUCAAAGGAGCCGUGUGGACAGUAGACGAGAUGGAGUACCAAAAAAGGCGCUCACAGAAGAUCACAGGAAGCCCCACACUAGUGAAGAACCUGCCCUCCAGUCUGGGCUACGGAGCAGCUUUAAACGCCAGCUUGCAGGCUGCGUUGGCAGAGACGUCCAUGCCCUCCCUGCUGGGGGGCGCGGGCCUGUUGACCAGCAGCUCGGCGGGGCCCCUGGCCGGCAGCCCCCCACUGCUGAUGUGCGGCAGCCCCCCCAGCCUGCCCCCGCCCACCCACGAGGAGCUCAACGGCGCGCUGGAGCACCUGGACACCAACGGACACGGCAGCCCCGGAUACUCCCCGCAGACUCACCUGUCCUCCAUCCACGUUAAGGAGGAGCCAAUCAACAUGGAUGAUGACGACUGUCCAAUGUCGCUGGUGACGACAGCCAAUCACAGUCCAGAGCUGGACGAUGAUCGCGAGCUGGAGGAGGGCAACCUAUCAGAGGACCUGGAGUAACAAGCCCCGCCUCUUAACCCAUCCCAUUAUAACAAACCACACCCAUACUGUCUGUCCAGAUUAGCCACAAGGCCACGCCCAUAGACUAACCCCUUUCCUCAUCUCAAACCACUCGGUAACCAAGGAGAUUGGAGGUCUGACUAUUUAUUGAGCAUGUGUUCGGGGAUAACAAAAACGGCCCAAAGAAACUCUUUGCUGAAGCCUUUGGGAGUCAGUAGAACCAGCAUGAGAUGCCUGGUUGUUUUUUUUUUUUUGGUUGUUUUUUUUUGGGGGGGGGGGGGGGGGUGGCAGUGGGGAAGGAAGAGAAACAAACUCUACGAAAGCAGACAAAACAAAACAAACAAAAAACAAACACACACUACAAAGAAAAAGACUUUUGUUUCUGUCUCUCGAGCAAGCAGCUUGGACAACAUCAGGCUGGAGAGACGAACAAACAAACGCAGGCGCACAAGCGGAGCGGACGUUUUAAAAAAAGGAUUCCGAACGACCGCGCCUGACUUGUAUAAAAAUAAUGGCCUCAUGUACUGCCAAAAAAGAAGACAUUUUAUGUUUGUGAAUAUCCCACCUGCAGUAGUUGUUGAUGUUAGAGACAAUUGCUGGUUCAAUUCAAAUUGUUCUGUUCUCAUUUGCACAGGAGUAGUAUCAGAUAUUAAUGUCACUGCCUGUACGUUGCUUCAGAAAGUUUUAAAAACAGUGUUUUUUUUGUUUGUUUCAAUCGUUUUCCUUAACCAUGCCUUUUGAUUUUGAUUUUGAUUUUUGUUUUCUUUUUUUUUAUUAUUACAAAAGAAGCGCCAACUGUAAAUUCCCAUCUCUGAAUUCUCAAAGAGAGAACCACACGGUUUCACGACUGUUGCAGCUGUCCAAAAAAAAGAAAAGAAAGAAAAAAAAGUAGGUCUCUAUCUUUGUGCUGGGACGUGACGUGUGAUACAUUGAGAUGUAACUGUUUGUGAGUACCACGCUACUAGAACAAGAAAAAAAAAAAAAAACGAAAACGAAACCAAGAAAAAAAAAUGGCUUAGAGAUGCAUUUCUGCGUAUACUUCUACCGUUGUCUUUUACCUCCUCUUUGGAAAAGCUUUGUCUACCUGCAAACAGUCACGGGCAACAGCUGCAAACCAAAGCCUACACUAUCAAUGGCCAAUAGAUUAGACAGAAGUCUGCCAGUCAGCCUGGUAGCCCUUCUGUAACUUUAACCUAAUACAAAGAGAAGCUUUUUUUUUGUUGUUUGUCUGCUAACUACCUUCGAUGAACCUCUGGGAUUGUCUCUAAUACCCUGUACAAAGAUUUUCGGACAAAGGAGUCGAUUUUAAAUGUAUAAUUUGAUGAGGAGUCGUAGAGGGUCCACUUUAGGGAGGGGGUACAUUGUGUGUAUUGUGGGAGGGGAACUGUUGUCGUUUAGCCGAAGGUAGAUACUGGGAACCAUUAACGAGCAGCUAUAAGUGGACCAUGACCAAAACUAAUAUUUGUGUAUCAGUGGAAGUACAGAAAAAAACAUGUCAGUGUUGUUGAUGUUGUUGCUGUGGAGAUAUUUUAUUUUUCUGUAUUGCUUUUUAAUUUUUAAUUUUUUUUAUAACUUCUAUUCUUUCUUUGAUCACUUGUGUUGCCAUUGUGUUAUUGGUUUUUCUAGUGAAUGUGUACUGUUCUGUGGGACUGUCAAUGAAUCGUCACGUCUUUAUAUCGCCAGUCUGCCAGCAUAGAGCUGGCCGAUCGCAAAACUGAAACUGAAAAAAAAAACAUUGUAACCAAACAUUUUAUGAUAUCUAGAUAAGCCAAAAAACUAAUUUCUCAAGUUGUGGUAAGACGAUGUGGCUCGGUCAUUGUGUAAAAGCAAAUAAUAAUAGCCAUCAUAGCGAAGGAUCCAGAGGAAGAAGAAACAAACCUUUUCUAGGUGAUUUUUGCUUCAUAGCGUGAGACAUAAGCUCUCUCUGUACGAAACCAGCCUGUCGACCAGAGACACACUGUCAGCUGUGAGGCCUCAUGUCAUGUUUGAGAUAAAGGAACAGGUUGAUGUGUAGCUGUGGUCGCGGUGUGGUUCCUCUGUAGCGAAUGUCAUCUAGAAAAGUGCACGUCGCUUUAACACUCACAUUUCUUCAGUCAAACCAAAGUAACACAAAUUCUGCCUCUACGUAUACGCGAUAGAACUGCUUCAACUGUGCACCAGAUCGAAAUCUUGCACGCAGUCCAGUUUGAUAUUUCCACUGUGUUUUUUUAUUAUUCGCUAGUUUAUUUACUUUGUAUUCCGUGUUUUUCUUCUUUUUUUUUUUUUUUUUCUUUCUUCAUUUUUUCUCUUUUUUGUCUGCUGGCUUUCCUGGUCCUCAUUCAUGGCCAACUACCAAUGCAGAAGGGUGUCUACAACCUAAAAUGCUUUGUAUUGUAUUUACAAUAUUGAUGUAUGUCUACUUAAAAUGUAUGGGGAAAUACCGUUUUACGUUUUGAUUUCAAGUGUGGUGCCACAAGAGGUUGGAUGCUAGAGAUUAGUGCGCACACACACACACACACACACACACACACACACAAACAAACAUGCAAACACACACACACACACACAAACAUGCAGACACAUACGGACUUACACACACACACAUACAAACAUGCAGACACAUACGCACUUACACACAAAAGGACACAUGCAUUAACACACACUCAUACACACGCACCAGUUCCACUCAAAGACGGAGCUGGGCCCAGGAACAAAGUGUACUCCUCCUGCUUUGCUGGAGUCAGCGAAUUGACUUGAAGAUGACGUUCAUAAUAAUCUUAUCACACCAAAUAUACGGACGCCGUGUCUUUCAAAUAAAAAAGGAAGGCUUUCUCCCACUUACCCAAAAAAAAGGCUUUCUAAAGAAAAAGGUUCUACCUCUGCACAACGUUUUUUUUUUUUCUUUCCCAACAAUUACGUCAGAUUGCACGACUAACCCGAACGCCACAAGAGCUCUCUUUCUUCGCUCUCUCUGCUCUUCUGAGCUGGUCUCCAUGGACACGGCCGUCAGGCGGUUUACAUUCCCUGUGUCAGACAUGGCAGAUUUGCUUUGUGAAAGGUUGUCCUCGAACAUUUGUAGAAUGGUUAUGUAAAAAAAAUAACUCUACCUGUGAGGGGUAUUGUGUUUAAAAAAAUGCAUGUCUAAACUCAUUUGGUGGACUGGAAAUAAGAAUGAAUAAAAAUGCAUCUAAAUGUGAAGCAUUGGGAUGGUGGCCUACUGUUAGCGUACCAUGCAUAUGAAUGCAUACCUCAGCUGUAUUGCUUUGGGAAGGACAAAAUAACUCAACCACAGAAUGCAUAUAAUCUGUAGAUUUUGCAUGGGUUUUGUAAAAAUGAAAAAAAAAAUAUUAAAAAGACAAAAAAAAGAAAACAAGUCUAAAAUAGUUGCUUGCACACAAUACCAGGAAGACCUCCAGAAAUGCAGUCUGCUCCCUCACUAGAUUUUAGGAUUGUCUGGGAUUCUUCUGGGAUGAUUUCGUCUGUAUUUUGAUAAUUGUGCAUAUUAUGUAUAAAAAACAUUGUUGGUGGACCCAUACAAAUUUACCAGACAUUUUUUCUAAGCUGAGAAAAAAAAAGAAAUCAAUGUUUCUUUUCAGAGUUUCAUGAAAAUUUUUACUGUUCUCUCUCUCAUUGCUUGCUAAGACUAGCAACCCUGCUUUCUUUCUGCAUCUGCUUUGCGUAGCUGUAAGGCUUUAAUCUAAUGUGUGUAUUUAUUGCCUGUACCUCUGUGAAUACGUUAUGAAGCAUCAUGUCUGGCCGUUGAGUCGCGUAUCCUUUCUACUCUUGCAAAUCUCUAAUAAUCGGGAAAAUGAUCCCCUGUGUAUACGGUAAAUUGGAACUGUAGCAAAAAAAAAAAAAAAACAUGUUUAUGUAAUUGGUGAAUAACUUUUUUUAAUCGGUCUUUAUAAUUUUUUUGUUUUCUUUCUCUUGUUUUCAUUUUUUUUUUUUUUUUUGAUUGAGGGUAACUCAUUUUUGAUACUUUUCAUUGCCGUGUACUGUGUCCAUAUGUUUAAGAUAGGAGAGUAGAGGUCAUGAUUGAGAGUCGUAAAGAAGCUGUUAUUAUUUUCUGUAUCCAUGGCUUUUUUUCACUGCUGAAGAAAAUAAAGGACCAAAACUUAGGAAAUUUGAAAAA